AAAAGCCGUUAGUUUGUAGAGGAGAAACUGUGACCGUCCAUGUCUUGUCUACAGAUAUCAACUCGCUGACAAAGUUAUUGACAGCAAUGUCGAGAGAAAACACCACCCGAAGUUUGGACAGUAUUGACCUCGCUGCUUUAAGAGAUCCAGCAGGUAUCUUUGAGUUGGUAGAGGUGGUUGGCAAUGGGACCUACGGUCAAGUGUACAAGGGUCGUCAUGUCAAGACUGGCCAGCUGGCAGCUAUCAAAGUCAUGGAAGUCACAGAGGAGGAAGAAGAGGAGAUAAAACUGGAGAUCAACAUGUUGAAGAGUUAUUCCCACCACAGAAAUAUCGCUACUUAUUAUGGAGCUUUUAUUAAGAAAGGUCCUGCUGGACAGGACCACCAACUCUGGUUGGUGAUGGAGUACUGUGGAGCCGGCUCAGUAACAGACCUGGUGAAGAAGACCAAGGGAAACUGUCUGAAAGAAGACUGGAUAGCUUACAUCUGCAGAGAGGUGCUCAGGGGUCUUUCCCAUCUUCACGCCCAUCAUGUGAUUCACAGAGACAUUAAAGGACAAAAUGUUUUGCUCACAGAGAAUGCCGAAGUCAAGCUGGUUGAUUUUGGAGUGUCAGCUCAGCUGGACAAGACCAUCGGUCGAAGGAACACCUUCAUCGGUACACCGUACUGGAUGGCUCCAGAGGUCAUCGCUUGUGAUGAGAACCCCGAUGCCACAUAUGACUACAGGAGUGACCUCUGGUCUUUAGGCAUCACCGCUUUGGAAAUGGCUGAAGGAGCCCCUCCUCUGUGUGACAUGCAUCCAAUGAGAGCGCUGUUUUUAAUCCCACGAAACCCUCCACCCAAACUUAAAUCAAAGAAAUGGUCGAAGCGUUUCUUGUCGUUCGUUGACAAUUGUCUGGUCAAGAACCAUCUGCAUCGACCCACCACCGACACCCUGCUGAGACACGCCUUCAUCAGAGACCUGGCUAAUGAGAGACAAGUUCGCAUCAUGCUCAAAGAUCACCUGGACAGAACCAGGAAGAAGAGGGAGAAAGAGGGUCCAGAGUAUGAGUACAGUGGCAGUGAAGAGGAGGAGGACGAGGUAACUGAGGAGGAAGGAGAACCCAGCUCCAUCGUGAAUGUUCCCGGUGAAUGGACGUUAAGGCGGGAGUUUCUUCGUUUACAGACAGAAGAUCGUGAAGGAGUCAGAGACGGAGGUCAUGGCGGAGGCGGGGGUCAACAAAGACAACAGGCAUUACAGCAGCACAGGCAGCAGCUGGUGGAGCAGGAGCGAUACAAGCAGCAGUUAGUGGCUGACAGACAGAAGAGGAUCCAACAACAACAUGAGCAACGGCAGAAGUUAGAGGAUCAGCAGAGGCGGCAGCUGACAGACUGUGCCUUUCAGUGGGCAGAGCUUCAAGAAAUCUUGCUCGGAGAUGAGUCUGAUCUCCAUGAUAACAGAAUCUUACUGGAUGAGAGAAACAGGAGGAGCGACAGGAGAGCGCAGGACCAGCCGGGCAGAAAGCGGAGUGCCGAUGUGUCAGUAAGGCCUCUGGACUCCACAGCAGAGCAGAGAGCCGUGGCUCCAAACCAGCUGUUUCAAAAUAAGGCCCAGCACUCCCAGCCUCAGCUACAGCCGCAAGCCAAGCCCCAGCCUCUGGCCCAGCAUCAGCAGCCCUCAGCGGGCAGAAGAUCACACCGCACCCUGCCCAAAGACCAAACCCAGCUCCUGUCGCUGCAGCACGACCACAGACACAGGGAGAGAGAGAGGGAAAGAGAGAGGCAGAGGCAGAGAGAAAAGCCUAUGGCAGCUGUCCAGAAGCUAACGGCUAAUAGCGGGGACACAGCUGCCACUUCUGCUGCUGCUGCUGCUGCUGCUGCCUCCUCGCCCAGCCGCCCUGCAAACAGCCAGCGCUCAGCGAUGGAACUCCAGGAAUCAAACAUAGCCAGGCUGCUUUUGGUUGCUGGUUUUCCCGGCCAGAUGCACUCAAGGCUGGGCUCAGGGAGCAGCUCUAGUCCUUGUACCCCAGCCAUGCAGAGAGCUCACUUCAACCAGAAUGCCAAUCUGCGCUCUAGUCGAGACGCCCCUCACAGCAGCUCUAUGUCAGAUAUGGCCAUAUCACCCUUGUCCCCAUUUUCCCCCAUGUCCCCAACUGAUGAUGUCUUCUGGGACCCAGUCAAUGCACCACCUAAAGUCCCAGAACGCACUACCUCCAAGUUUUACUGUAGAGAGCUGGUGAUGGGACACAAGAGAGCUGCUUCAAGUGGCAGUCCAGUGUCUGUAGCAGAUAAAAGUGGAAGGUCUGUAACUCAUGGAGUCUCCUCUGCCAACAGCAACCACCCAGGUUACUUCAAGCUUGAGAGUCCUCAUCUACAGCACCGUCUACAGCAGCACAGAAAGACACAAGAAAACGUAACCAGCGGGCAUAUUCAAGGUGUAAAAUCUGCCGUUGGCCGGUUUAACAAAGCCACAGAGUACUCUUCUUCCAGUGAUGAGGUUGGAAGCAGUGAUGAUGAAGAGAGGAACAGGUCUGGCCUCUUCAAUGGAAAAGGGAAAUACUUCAGGGGAAUACCUGAUGGCAUUGUCCUGCAGCCUCACCACAAUCUUAACCAGAUUUCUCGGUUGGGUUCAGACGAUACCUACCUGCUGCCAGACCUUCUGCAGAAAACCUCUUCCUCCAGUCCUACCCAUAAUGCACACAGCCAACAGCAGCAAACGUGUGACCUGAGCUACUCUCAGUCGCCCACAGCCCCCCGAUGCCCCACACAUCAGGACCAACACAUGAGUAUGGCUGUCAGCAGUCCUACUGGUAAAAACACCUCCUCAUCUUCCUCUUCCUCCUUCCUGUCCUUCAUCGAUCCAAGAUUGAUCCCAAUAUCAUCACCACCACAGAGCCCAACUAGCUGUAAGGGUGAGCCAAUCAAGAGAGAGAACCACAGGAAGGGCUCUGUGGUGAAUGUGAACCCAACAAACAUUCGACCACAGAGUGAUACUCCAGAGAUCCGCAAGUACAAGAAGAAAUUCAACACUGAGGUUCUCUGUGCUGGACUGUGGGGUGUGAAUCUGUUGGUGGGGACAGAGAACGGUCUGUGGCUGCUGGACCGAAGCGGUCAGGGGAAAGUCUACUCUCUCAUCAGCAGACGAAGGUUUCAACAGAUGGAUGUGCUGGAAGGACUCAAUGUUCUCAUCACUAUAUCAGGUAAAAAGAACAAACUCCGUCUGUACUACCUGUCCUGGUUACGGAAUAAAAUCCUCCAUAAUGACCCAGAGGUGGAGAAGAGACAGGGCUGGACCUCAGUAGGUGACUUAGAGGGCUGUGUACACUAUAAAGUGGUGCGUUACGAAAAGAUAAAGUUCUUAGUGAUUGCGUUGAAGAAUGCUGUGGAAGUGUACGCCUGGGCCCCAAAACCCUACCACAAAUUCAUGGCCUUCAAGUCGUUCAGGUCUCUGCCUCAAAAACCCAUGUCCGUUGACCUGACAGUGGAGGAAGGCCAAAGGUUAAAGGUCAUCUACGGCUCCUUGUCUGGUUUCCAUGCCAUUGAUGUUGACUCUGGAACUCCGUAUGACCUCUACCUGCCGACACAUAUCCAGGGUUCCAUCCGUCCUCAUGCCAUCAUCAUUUUGCCAGACAGCGCAGGAACAGAGGUUCUGGUUUGCUACGAAGACGAGGGCGUCUAUAUUGACACCUACGGCCGCAUCACCAAGGAUACAGUGCUGCAGUGGGGGGAGAUGCCUGCAUCAGUCGCCUACCUUCAGUCUAACCAGGUGAUGGGUUGGGGGGAAAAAGCCAUUGAACUGAGAUCUGCCAGCACAGGAAACCUGGAGGGAGUUUUCAUGCACAAAAAGGCCCAAAAACUCAAGUUUCUUUGUGAAAGGAAUGACAAGGUGUUUUUCGCCUCAGUGCAGUCUGGGGGUAGCAGUCAGAUUUACUUCAUGACUCUUGGACAGAACUCGCUGUUCAGCUGGUAAUGACUGGACCUGUGAACUCUGGGAUCAACUGGUGAUGUCUGCCUUCAUUAUUAUUCUGGGUUCACCUCGUGAUGCCUUUUUUUUGUGCUGACUGAUGUUGAUCUCCAUGGGCACCAUGCAAGGCUCAACUAAAUACUCCUGGAUCCAUUACUCUUGUCUAAUUUCCUUGUGAACGCGCAUGGAGCCACAGUUGAGUUGAUCAUGACUCGGGCUGCAGCAAAAAUGCUUGAAUCCAUCACUCCGUCCGUGACUACUGAAGCCUGCUUCUUCAGCUGCCGCAGCACAACAAUCUGGGCCUAAUAUUCUGAGAAAAAGAGCAAAAGUUCACUGCCACCUCACCUGUCCAUGAAAGAGUUAGGUACCACUAGCAGUGUCAUGCCUAAUCUCCAUACCGACCUGCAGCUGUCUUUCCCAGGCUGCAAACGGUCACUGCACCAGUGCAGCGAAACCUUUUUUGGAUCCUGAUUUAUCAAAAUCCACCUGGAAGCAAAACUGAUAGCUUGAUAAAGUUGAUUAUGUGGCGAUUCCUCACGAUCACCAAAUUACUGGUCAACAUCUGGCCUCAGUUUUUUCCACAUUCAGCUCAUCUCUCCUGGAUAAGUUAACCUUUUUUCUUUUUCUAACGGACUCCAUUGUAUUAGUUACUCAGCUAAUUGUGUAUCAACAUCUGAUAGCAUCUUCAAACAGCAACUGUGACAAAACAGAGGCUGUUCACCCACUUCAUCCCCUCUAAGGACAUCAUCUGGGCAUUUCAAAGACUGGGUUGGGGCCAAAAUGUGGACUAAGUAGGACAGUUACUGUAGGUCAUUUCACAUUUUGUUUCUAUUGCUUGAAAGAAGAAAGAGUUUUUUUUUGUCCAAGGUGACAGUUUUUCUGGGUGACGGUGAGUCAAUAUAACACCCUGUCAUCAUAUAUCCAAUCAGUUAUGUUUAAGUGAAUCCUUAGCUGUAAUUAUUUUGCCCAUGCAAACCUUAUAAUAAGGCCAAAUGUCAGGAUUGAUAUGUACAACACCAUUGUGAAGACAUAGUUCUCUUAGACUAUUUAUCAAGUAAUUCUGUUCCUAAUUAUGAGCAAUUAUCAGUCAGCUUCUUUCUCUGUGUAGACUAAAAUCAUUUGCCAGUUAGGAAAAAGGUAUUAAAAAAAUCCCUCUUGCUUUCGUUUGGGACCACUCCUCUGAGGUCCCAGUUUGAGCAUUCACUCUUUCACUGAUCUGGGCCAUUUUAUUUUAGUCUUAAUAAGGACCUCAAGAGCAUUUUACUUUACUGUAGGAGCAAUUCUGGUGUACAGCAUAAACAGGGAUGUGAACUGGUAACAUUUUAUUGAUACUAGUGCCAUUAUUGACUCUGCUUACUCGUCAAAUUCUGUAUCCGUUACCUUCGUUUUUGGUGAGGUUUCUGGAAAAAAGUAGGCCUAUACAGGUUUUUGGCAUUGAUGCAACUGAUUUAUUGUUUCUGAGUCUUUGAGAGAGUAUUUGUCUGUCAUUAGUUUUUCAUUUAGGUUUUCUUAUUCAAAGAAAAAAAUCUGCUAAACUGGCUUGCGUGGCGCUAAUGUUGUUUUAACAUAGGAUAUUUAACCUCAGUAACAGACAGGCUGCUUGGUUGGGAAACUAUGUUGCAUAGAAAGAUGUUUCAGCAUAUUGUUGGUGUUUCCACCCUUGCUUGAAAUUACCAUUUUCCAGAUGACAGCAAGCACUGUUGUCAUCUUUCUUCAUGAAACAGAGCCAUGGAGUGUUUCCCACAGGCUGAGAAUUUACUUGUGGUGAUGAGUGCCACAGCAUAAUCGGUGGGCCGCCAGAGCAGAGCCUAUGUAUGGGAAACACUGGCACUCUAUGGACCAUUUCUUCCUGUCUGCAAUGACUCCCUCUUGGUGAAAGUUUCCAGGAGCAUAGACAAAUGAGUUUGACGUUGUUUUGAAAUGCAUAACUCCACCAUAGAUAAAAAGAAUUGAUAAGCUCAGAGGCUUAUGAUUCGGAUAGUUUGGACAAAUUGGAACUGGUCCUCAACUGGAGCCAGUUCUUGAUUCCCAUUCCUAAGCAUAAAGAGUAACACUUUAACAAGCAGUGAACGCUUUUCUGUUUUUCUGCCUCUGUUUUGUACAGCAUAGGAUGUAUAUAAUCUUGUAAGAAGCACUGUUUUCUAAAUAUUGUAUAAUUGACAAGCCAUCUUUAUGUAUGUGUACAGAAUUAUAGGCUUAUGAAUGUGAAAUUCUAUCCCAAAGCAGAGUUCAUACAUGUUAUUUUCAUGAUCUUAGAAGGUUUGUGAAUAUGGGCAUGAGCCACUGACAGUGAACUUGAAGGCUCAUGUUCAGGCUUACCUACCUGGCUGACGUGUUCAAAAUCAAAUAAUUUAUCAUGUGAAUUCUGUUUUGUGGUUGAUUUUCUCUUAACAUGUACAGUCAGUACAAGUCAGGCUCUCUGCACAAUGGCCACCUUGUACAUGUUAACUGUAAUAUAUCAUACUUUAUGUAAUUAUUUUUCUGUUUGAACGUGGGAAACAUUUAAAGCCAUUCUGCGGUCAAUACUGAAGACAUUGCUGCAAGCCUUUGGCUUUAGAUCUGUUUCUCACACGACCCAACAUGGGAUGCACAAUUGUUUUUGAUGGGUCUUCUUGACCCUGGAUCUGAAGUGAUGUAAUUAGCUGGGCUGAAAAAGUGAAAAUGCCCUGUUAUUGACAAAACAUACAACAAAACAUACAACAUUCGUUGUAUGUUUUGUCAUUUACACAGUGAGCUUCAGAGCAAGAAACCAAAGAUCAAGGCUUUGAUAUCUUGGCUUCCUUGAAUCUAAGUGUGUGGAUCUUUCACAGAUCAUAACUGACCAUUUGAUCUGCCAUCUGAAUAAUGUUGGAAAAUCUAGAUCAUCAUGUUUGCAAAACUCACCUUGGGUUUUUUUAUUUUAUAUUGCACAAAAGAUACCAACCAAUACAUCAGCCUGCAAGAUGUACUGGGACUGAUGUGUCUUGCUAAUUCACAACAAAAUAUAAGUAAAUGUUGCUAGCAUUCUUAUAUUUAAUAGCCUACAUCUAUGAUUUAGACAGUGCUAGGUUUGGUAAAAGUGAAGAAAUAAUUGGUUUUUACCUCCAAAUGUGAAUUUGCAACUUGUUUAUUUCUGAUUCAUUUACAUUAUAUCAUUUUUUUUUCCUUCAUCAGAUUUAGCUCAAACAGCUAACUUAGUUAUGUUUUGUAUUACAUUAUAUUUACUCUUUGAGUUUUGUGGCUAUAAAAAACAUUGUGCCAAAUGUUUUAUAUUCAAUGAUACUUUGACUUUUUAUUAUGGUCUUCAUAGAAAUAUUACAGCUGGUUCUGUGAGAAUAAUUUAAACUGGGAAAUGAACUUUCUGAUAAUUACUGUCUUAUUGCUAAGUUACUACCAAAUCACCGGACCAGAUAGCUAGUUGAAGUGGCUACAGUGCAUGGAAAUACAGGAAUAUAAAUUAAUGUUGACAGGCUAACAGACGCAGAAUUACUUGCUAAUAUGGGCU